AUGGCUGGAGAAGAGCAAAGCCGCAGAUGGACCCUUGUAGGCAAGACCGCACUUGUCACAGGUGGUACCAAAGGCAUUGGGCAUGCUAUAGUGGAGGAACUUGCAGGAUGUGGGGCAAUAAUACAUACGUGUGCCCGAGACGAAUCUCGGCUCAACGAGUGUUUAAGUGAAUGGAAACAGAAAGGAUUUCAAGUCACUGGUUCAGUCUGUGAUGCAUCAUCCUGGACCGACAGAGAGAAGAUGAUCAAGACUGUGUCCUCGUUGUUUGAUGCCAAGCUCAGUAUCCUCAUAAACAAUGUUGGCGCACUCCGGUCAAAGCCAACAACAGAACAUACAGCAGAGGAUUUCUCCUUCCACAUGUCGACCAACUUGGAGUCUGCGUACCAUUUUAGCCAGCUUGCACAUCCUCUGCUCAAGGCAUCAGGAUGUGGGAACAUCGUGUUCAUAUCCUCUAUUUCUGGGGUUGUGUCCGUUAGCAUCAGCUCCAUCUACUCUGCCACAAAAGGGGCGAUGAAUCAACUAGCAAGGAAUUUGGCAUGCGAGUGGGCGAGCGACGGCAUAAGGGCUAAUGCAGUGGCUCCUGGGGUCAUUGCCACUCCUUUAGCUGAUAUUGCCGUGGAUAAUGAGUUCAAGAAGGAGGUGAUAUCAAGAAAGCCCUUGGGGCGCUUAGGGAGGCCAGAGGAGGUAGCCUCGCUCGUGGCAUUUCUUUGUAUGCCUGCAACUUCUUAUAUAACGGGUCAGACCAUUUGCGUUGAUGGAGGACUCACUGUAAACGGUUUCUCGUAUCAAGCACAUGUUUAA